AUGUCCAGGGUCGUCGGUUAUUACGAAGGAUGGUCUACCCGGCGUCCCUGCCAUGACUUCUGGCCCGAACAGAUUCCUCUCGGCAUCUACAGCCACAUCAACUUCGCAUUCGCCACCAUUGAUCCAAAGACAUUCAAGGUGGGGCCGCCUGACGACCGGGAUGUAGAAUUAUAUCGCCGGUUGACUUCCCUGAAAACCUACGACAAAGACCUCAAAGUGAUGAUUGCCAUCGGAGGAUGGACGUUCAACGACCCUGGUCCAACUGCCACAGUGUUUUCGGAGCUCGCAGCAUCAGAAGAGAAACAAGACAAGUUCAUUGCUUCGUUGAUUUCGUUCAUGUCCACCCAUGAUUUCGACGGUAUAGAUCUCGACUGGGAAUAUCCCGAAGCCGAUGACCGCAACGGAAAGCCAGAGGACUUCAAAAAUUUCCCUAAGUUCAUGGCCAGACUGAAAACCGAGUUGAAAAAAACACCUGGGCGAAGUGAGCUUUCGAUCACGCUACCAGCAUCAUAUUGGUAUCUCCAGCACUUUGACCUCAAAGGCCUGGCUAAGCACGUUUCAUUUUUCAACAUCAUGUCCUACGAUAUGCAUGGCACCUGGGAUCAAGGCAACAGAUGGACAGGUGCUUUCUUGAACCCUCACACCAACUUGACGGAAAUCAAAUCCGCUCUGGAACUGCUUUGGCGGAACGACGUGGAAGGAGAUCAGGUUGUCAUGGGGCUCGCAUUUUAUGGACGAUCUUACACGACCCAAGGGUGUGUGGAGCCUGGAUGUGUGUAUGCCUCCGGGGGUCUUCCAGGUCCAUGCAGCAAAGAGGCAGGAAUUCUUCUCAACAACGAGAUCAUGGAUAUCAUCGACGAGAAAAAGUUGAAGCCAAAGCUCUACAAAGAGGCCGCAGUCAAAGUUGUCACUUGGGAUGAUCAGUGGGUUUCCAUGGAUGAUCGAGAGACCCUAGCCAUGAAAGCCCAAUUUGCCCGUGAACAGUGUCUCAGCGGAGUUAUGGUGUGGGCGAUCAGCCAUGACACGCCCGCGGCAAACUUCUCACGAGAUCUGGCAAAGAUCACUAACCGCCAAGUCUUAAUGCAGAGAGACCAGGUUGACUCUGACAUCAUCACAGAGAAGACGAACCACAACCAGUGUCGAUGGUCCAACUGUGGAAGGCCCUGUCCUGGAGGAUGGAAAAUGUCCCAAAGAAUCGACGACUGGAAGACUGGAAGCCCAGAAUAUAUGAUGGAUGACACGCACUGUAACGGCUUGGGCACACGCUCAUGGUGUUGUCCUCCUGAUGCCAAGUUGCCAAAGUGUGGCUGGUAUAGCUUCAACGACGGUAACUGUCAGUCUGGGUGUCCGAGUGGGAUGACUGAGAUUGGUACGACAACAAAUGGAUGCAAAGACAGGUACCCUCCAGAAUACCAGUCAGCAUGUUGCACAGUGGAAGACGAUUCCAAAAAAGAGCUGAGCAGCAUGGCGCUUUACAACACCUGCGAAUGGGGCAAGUUCCCUGAGUGCGGUGAUGGCAAGUGCUCCGGGGGAAGCACUGGCCAAGACACUGUCACUCACUGCGCAAGUAUUGUUGCAAUACGGAGUCGAAAAGCAAGCGAUUCAAGAACUGCAACUGGCGCAACAACGUGGGCUUACGCUUGGACGGUCAAGGGUGUGUAUCUGGAUGUGAUGAAAAUCAGCUACACCGAGACCUCACGUGUAUCCGAUGAAUUGCAAGAGUUUUCGGAUGCACUCAUUGACUGGACAACCAACUACGUAUGUGCGGAGAGCUACCCUGAGACACCUCGUACAUCUGAAGCCAAUUCCCUGAGUGUCCGCGAGGAUAAAUGCGAGGUUAUCGCAACUCGUUUCCUGGUCGUUCACUUGGUUGCAAUCUUCUCAGGUUACCAACAGGGUCAGGACGAUCACUGGCAUCGUCUGGUCAACGCUUGGAACAACAUUGCAGGGCAUCUUUUCGAGAACCUGAACACCGCCACGAUGCUUCCUAGCCUUUUCUCGGGUAAGACUAUGCCAGAGUUCCUACGAGAUGGUUAUAAGAAGACCGCGACAUCCAUCUACCUCAACCCAUCAGGAUACAAUCAGCUGUUCGAUGAAUCGUGUGGCUCGACACUUGCCCGACGGGAGUCCACAUGGAAACAAGAGCGAGAUGUGCUUCACCACCUACAAAAAAGGGCCAAUAGCAAGGUGCUUUAUUUCGAGUGCGUGGAUAAAGAUGGCAUCGACAGGCUGAUACGAUGGACGAGAUUUGCUUAUCCAGGGUCAAAGGACUGGUUGGAAUUGAAGACUAAAGAUGCAAAGAAGGACCCCAAAAAGAAAAAGGCGAUCGAUCAAACUGUGGAUCUUGACACUUCCGAUGAUUGUGGAAAUACUGCAGUGCGUCAACGAACGGCGACAACGCAGGAGCUUAACCCCGAAAAGCCCGAUAGAGGCAAGGACCCAGAACCUGAGGUCAACACGGAUCACCCGUUAGAGGUGAAAUUGAUUCGCAGGUUCAUAGAAUGGGCCAUCCUAAACUGCGCAAGUGUUGAUUGUGACUUCCUCUUCAACUUCUUCAUCAAAGAUAUCAUUCCGAAAACUGCACCAAAAACCCCGGGUAGCAACCAGAUACUUCAAAAGCCCAUUGAUCGGAUUAUGGAGCAAAUUGGAAGCAAGAGCAACUUCGAUGUGUUCCGGCUGAUGGCUCGAAGUUUGAACAAAUUGAAACGCGAUCUCUGGGAUUUCGAUAAACCCAAAAACGUGAUGUUUGCUCAAAACGCUUGGCUCGAAAUGGUCGCAAAGAAAGAUCCAAGCCAGGCUUUGACCAUGCUACGAAAUGUUAUUGCCGUCUACAAUUAUCAGAAUUCCGACGAUAUCUUCAAAAGAAUUAUCACCGUCUACCAGGCUAUUCGUGAGGAGUUGACACGCACUUCUCUGGCGCACUUCCAGCUAGGGCAUGACUUCAUCGAUUUGGUGAGUUGCUGGGAUCGCUUCUUUGAAAUCCAGCAGAACGAAAUGGUCAAAUUCGGAAAAGACUUUGUCGAGAACGGAAUUGAUCAAAUGGCAGCUCGAUGGGUUGGUGAUUCAGAAAUAAGCGACUCACUGCGAAAACGGCCCACGCAGUCCGAGAAACACUUCAAGCGUUGA